UGCAUCUUAAUACCACAAGUUCUAUGUUAUUUCAAAAAGCUCAAACACUGACAAUGUAAAAAAUACUUUUGAAUUAAAAAUCAUUGUAUGUAGUUAGAAUAGUUGGCAGCUAGUAACCAAACUGACUUUGGCAGUACGGCAAGAUCUAAUUAUUUAUUGUAAGUGUUUUGACAGGCAUCAGUUUGAAAUCGACACAUUUCGAUCUUAAUACAAAUGUGUAUCUAUCUAAAUAUACUGCUAGUCGACACAAUUAGCAUUUCAAGCAGUGGACACUGUUGAGUCCAUUUCCUGGGAAGAACCAGUACUUGGUGUCUAUGGAGGAGAUAAUGAGAAAGCUCCCUGAGUAGGGAGCGAACCCAGGAACUCCCGAUCGCUAGACGGACACCGCAUCCACUACACCACCGUGACCUCUUACUGUUUUCCACCACGGCUCGAAGGCGCACAAGGAAUUACUGUUGGUCAUCGGAAGCAAGCGUCUUCUCUCUGACAUUCGCAUGCUGUCACCAGCUGAACAGACCUCGAUGCUGGAGGCUCAACACAAGGUGGUCUGCCAAUUUGCGCCAAAAUUUGUCUGCUUUUCAUACGCAGCAAUGAAACAGAGAUUGCAUCUGGCAGCCCUGCAUUCCGUUUCUAAUGCGCACAGGAAACAUGCAGAGAAGAAGAACGGCGAAAAGCGCUACAGGAUUUCGUAUCCAAAGUACAAGGCGGAACACCAUGUCGUGAAACCUGUCAAAGAGGCCUGCAAUUAUGAUUAUGUCACAGAGCUCAUGGUUGAAUUGCUGCAAUUAAAACAACAGUUCAAGAGCACCCGGAUUGCUAAGCAGGCAUCUUCUUCCAUUCUGUUCUCUCCACCACCAUUAGCAUCAUCUGCGAAGAAAAUUUUAAAGAAUGAAGCAGUGCAGUUGCACCGCUCUAGGUUUAAUUAAUUACAGUAAUUGGAAACAACUUGGCAUGCCAUUUGUCAUGUAUUGCUCCAGCUGGGUUUAGUGUACGUGCGUAAGGUGUCAUCCCAGAUUAGCCUGUGCCAUAUAUGUUUGUAAUUAAUUAAAAAAAUCCUCGCGCUGGAAAGAUGGGACAAAGCGUGCGCAAAAUAUCUCGUCCCAUAUUAGCCUGUGUCCCUGAUAAGACUGUGCAGACUCGACGUGAAAACAUGAUAUGCCCCAAGUUUUAUAUGACAAUGUCUACGAAUGUGCCCUUUUGACAAAUUAGAACCUAGCUGAAGCACUGAUCACGUAUUGUUUCAAAUUAACAUAGCAACUACAAUUAUUUUUUUGAAAAAUGUGAAUGUAUUAUUUUGACAAAUAUGCUGUAAUAAUAGUUUUCCCAUUGUGUGCUAUACUGUUAGUAUAAAAAUGUUAAUGUCAACACCUUUAUUUUUAAAUGUUGGGACCAUGUAGUGUUUUUUGUGUGAUAGUAUUGGUCUGUAAAAGAUGUUUUAGAAGUCAUUUUGUUAAAGGUACUUAAUAUGACUCCAUGACAAGUUGUAUUGCAACAUUGUGCUAGUAAAGCUCAUUUACUUAUUCCGUCCAGUUUUCUAAAACUUGUCGUCAGGUUACAAGUUGUUCUGUUGUUGUGUCUGUGGUAAUUUAUAUUUUUAGAUGUUGCAAUAAACUUGUAUGCUACAUA